AGCUACGGAGGAACAAGGUGAACGAAACGUAAGAGAAGAAAAAAAAUUGAUUUUUUGACGUGGAGAUCCAAAUCGAGAAGAUCUUCGUGCAUCCAAUUCAAAACUAUCCACAGUAAAUUUCCCGUACAUGUGAAACUAAAAAUGCGGUCUCGGCAUGAUCCUAAUUUUUUUAGCAUGACAAUUGUUACACUGCAAAUUGGUGAAAUUUGUGAUGCAUCUUGUACAUGUACGGGAAAUUUGUAUUGCAUAAAAACCAAGAUGGCCUACUCGCAGACCCUUUCCGGGUCCGACCGGGGGCUGCACAUCGUUUUUCUCGGAGACCUAUGCAUUGCAAAAGUAUCGUACUCGUAUAAAUGCAUUACAAAUUUCCCUGGCAUGAGAAAUAAAAUUUGUAAUGCUGAUUUGUAAUGCAUAAUUGCAGUACGAGUACGAUGCUUUUGCACAGGAUAAGACCCAGAGAUAGGCCAGUCGACACUGCUGAAGUAUUUCAGAAAGGAAACUCCCGUAUCAAGUGUAAAAAUGUCUGGGUCUGGAAGAAUCAUGCUGCUUCUGCAUGACACAGGAGGUCUGGCAUGGAAGCUCUAGCGUCACAGGUUUCGAGAAGCUUCCGCAAUGCCGAAUCCGCAUGACAAAUCCCCCACUUUGGUGACAGAAAGUGAGCAGCUUUUGCUGCCUAUGCAUCAGAGAUUUUUGUGUGUUCUGAAAUGCGCAUCACAAGUUACAUCCUUCCAGACCCUGACAUUUUUGCGCUUGAUAUCCCGGCACGGUAAACAACGUCGGAGUGGCGACCCCGUUAUGGAUUGCAAAAGUUAAAGUAUCGUACUGGUACUAGUAGUGCUUCGCAUUACAAAUUCACUCAGCAUGACAAAUGGAAUUGGUCAUGCUGUUUUACCUUGGAAUGGGGAUUUGUAAUGCAUGACUGCGAUUACUACGAGAAGUGCGAUACUUUUGCACAGGAUACCCGUCCAACCGCAACGAGAUCUUGGAUUUCAGCAAGCACCGCGGCCAGCAGCACGAAGCAGGUAUCCUGUGAAAAAACGUCCUCAGCCUAGGUUUGUCAUGCGAAUCUGCAUGCCUGAAAUAUUUCUCAUGCGCAGUAAAGCCAUGCGAAGCAUUUUCUAAUGCAGGAGCUGUCUGGGAGCUACUACUUGUAAUGCUCGAAUCAGGAUAAGUGUUAGUGGACUUGAGAACACUCGCACACACUUACACACGUUUGCUCCACUGAGCUCGUUAUCAACAGCAGUUCAAUGAAUUCUCUCAAUUGCAAGCAAGCAAGCAAGUGACGCAAGUCUCUUGCUGCGUUACAUCCUGUAGGUUCAAUUCAUCCAAAUUCAGCGCAUUCAUAUGGACCGAACCUGGUCAGAGUCAAGUGGCAAAACAGCAUGGGAGUCCACUCCUCAACCUGCUCAGAUUGGUGCUCGACCCUGGCGGGAGUCAAGUCCCCCAGGGCGACCAUUCUGAACGUCUGGACCGAGCUGAGUCCAUUCAUUUCACUACGAUCCUGAUGGCUUUGCCUUCGUAGUAUUUGGGGGAUUCGCGGAACAUGGUGAAGAGUUUCCUUUAGGAUCUAGAUAGAUUCUGACCAUUUCCCUAAGGAUCUAGCUAGUUCAGGUCAUUCAGAGCUGUCAUUUCAUUGGGAACAGGCGUCAUUUGGGGCGAUCGUGUUACGUGUGUGCGGGAUCGAUUUCCAUGACCAACACCCCUCCUCAAUCGCUGCGGCGGUGGUGCUAAUCUGGAUAGCGUCCUACCACACUCCCCUCCUGAGCGCGCUGUGGUGAACUAGCUAUCCCCUCUAGAAACCAAAAUAAAUCGAAUAAGUAUAGCCUACUUUAGCCUUGCCCUUGUGAUUCCCCUCUAUAAACGUGUCUAAAUCAUCCUCAUCGUCAGAGGAGUCACAAAUAAAAGACUUAGGGUCGGGGUUAUCAAUAUGGUGCAAGAGUAAGCGUCUCUGCGGCACACUACACUCGAGCUUCGUGAGACCGUCUGCCUUCAUUAGGUAGGUCGGGCAGAACAUGAUCUGGCUCGCUGCGUCUCUCACGCGGAGAUAUCGCAGUGCGUAGUGCCUCGAUUUCGGUUUGUUGUCUGUGCUCUUAGCUGUAGUUAUCGCGGACUGGUUGUCGAUCCACAAUAUGGCAUCAUCCAGGGAGGGAGAUAAGCCAUUCUGCUUUUCCACCAUGACAGUGGGUAGAGGUUUGAAGAACUCUGUAAAGUCAUUCUGCUCGCUCAGCACAAUAGUGUCGGAAGCAGCUAUAUACUCCGCCUCCGCCGUGGAGUACGCCCUCACGGUCUGCCGGUUGCUACGCCAACAGAUCGGGAAGCCGCGGAAGUACAUAAUGCUACCACUAGUGCUUCGCAUGGUCUUGCAACAGUUCGCAAAACUAGCAUCCGAAAACAGAUUCACAUCAGGCAAGUCUCUCCCGUCGGGCAGUAGCUUGCUGUAGAUUCUGUUGAAUUCUUCCUCAAUUUCCGGACUAUACGACAGACCCUGCUCCUUCGUUGUCAAUAGAUACUUCAGAAUCUUCUUACAGGCGUUUACGACAGGCCGAGUCGCCGGCUUGCCCACGUAUCUGGCGACAGUGGCAACCGGGACAACAAUGUCUACCCUGCAAGUGGUUGCAGCCCACUGCAGAGAGCCAACGACCUCUCGAAGGGGAAAACCUUCAAUAACUUUAGCUCCUUCAACUUCUUUAGCGAGUUCAGACUCAUCGAAGUUUGGCGAGUGGACCGGCUUGCCCGCUUCUGAGACGUGGAAUUUCUUACAAAUCUUGGAUAUGUACUCUGUCAUCACGAUCCUAACGGUUCGUAGAUUCCAGUUGUAGUACACUAUUGACCCUAGGAAGUCAAACUUCUUGGACACAGAGUUAAACUCCGGAACAAGCUCGACGUCGAUCAUGCGCCCCUUGACGUGGUGCAAGAUCUCCGCAAGUUCUCCAGCCAACUCGGACCCAGUCGGAGGACCUGUGAUAAGAUUAUCGUCGACAUACACUGCCAACUUCAGAAACUUCCCAGGGUGUUCCAAGCUCGGUUUCUUCCACAGACCUGGCGCAGAGGGACAGGGUUCCCAACCUAGCUUGGUCAGUACUUCCUCAUACUUCUUAUACCAGAGCCUGGGGGCGUCUUUCAAGCCGUAAAGCGCUUUCUUGAGCUUGACGAUCUCCACGCCGUGCUUCUUCGCCCAGAUGGGUGGCAAGCGGCAGAAGACGUCGCGAUCAAGUAAGGCAUUGAGAAACGCACUAUCAAGGUCGAACGGGAUCACAUCAUCACCGUCUGCGGCUGCAGCGGCUAGAAGUAACCUGUUAGCGGCAUGGGACACAACAGGAGCGAAAGUGUCCAGCUCGCCCGAACGAUCUAGAUUACCGAGUACUACUGCUCGCGCUUUCUUCGUACCGUCACGCUUCUCGGUAAGAAGGAUAGCAAUAGGCAAAACCUGCUUUGCGGUCGCUAGCUCCUCGUCAGUAGCUGGCUCCCACACUUUAUAGGCUUCAAGUCUACAAUCUUCCUUGUUGGUUGCUGCGUUCCAUUCGACUGAGUCUUUGCAACGAGCAGGAUCCAACUUGGCCGAUGUAGUCAAGUAACACUGGACGUCGAGGAAUUCCUCACCUUCCUCGCGAUCAUCCUGUGCUGCUAUUGCUGCGGCAAAGGCACUAGCGUCCUUUCUCAAUUCUGCGAGCUCUUUCUUAGUACGUCUCACGCGCUUUGUCUUGUCCUUUCUCCCUUUGGGACGACCACGACCUCGCGGCUUGGAGUUGCGGUUGCCAGCCACAAUCCUUGCCGGAGACGGGCUCGCCUUUCUUGGACUAGAUAAGCUGCUGUGAGUGGGGUGAUCGUCCAGAUUCCCCUCCUCAGGUUUAACACCUUCAGGCUCGGGAUCUAUCUGGCCCGGAUCAUCUUCCCUAUCCAGACUUUCAACUACCAACGUCUCUUCAGGACCGUCAGGCUGCCUACCAGUGUGCUCCGAGACAUCCACCCCCAGCCGGUGCUCAGCCCUUUUGAUCAGACCGACACACGGGAGAGAUGGCGCACACGACGCUCCACUAGGUAGGGCCUCGAUUGCGUCACACUCGACAUAGAUACCUUUGGAGUUAGGAACUAGGUCUUCAAUAUUCUUCACGAGGUACUCCUCACGGAACUUGACGUCGAUGGUAGAAUACUCCAUCCAACGAUGUCCCGCGGCGGACCGGCCGUCCGUGACAUACGUCCCAACCCGCCAGCCCGAAGACUUAGGACAAAGGCCGAGAAAUACACCACGACGAAAUGGCGCGGACAGCUUUGGAGCAACCACUUCUACUCCCCCCUCAGGAGCUUCAUGAGCUUCGCCUUUCUUGACUUGUUCACGAAAAUAAACGAGACAACCAAAACGCCUUAGCAUCCUUGUGCCAACUUUCGAGCUAUUUCUUCCAGUUCUCUCAUCCAGAAUUUCUGCAGGAGUCUUUCCGUCGUACUCAGGCAUUUUGCUAUACUUAUGCGGAAGGCGGUCCCAGCAUGCUGCAGCGUACUCGACCGAGUAGCACCACAGACGCUUGUCCACGUUCACCAACAUCGCACGCACAGCGCCGAAUAUGGUCCGCAUAAAGCGUUCGCAGGUUCCGUUCUGCUCUGGGUUGUAGGGAACCGUAGGAGCAUCACCGACCCGCAGCGAUUGCAUGACCUUGGUCAUGGAGUCACUGCCCAGAGCUGGCUCAUUGUCCCUACGGACGAACCAUGCCACUUUGUCCUCGAGGGUCAAAGCGUAGUUCUGGCGAAUGCCUUUUAUUACUUCUUCCAAAACCUCAACGCAGUCACUUUUCAGCUUAAGAGGGACACAGAAACACUUCUUGAUGGCAUCACAGAUGACCACAAGCACGCAGGUGCGUGACCGAAUCGAUACAGGUUUAAUACCUACCGCGAAGUCCAUCGCGAGUAGUUUCAAUGGCUCAGGUUUGUAAUUACUAGUGUCUCGCUCCUUUGCGUGAGAGCUUCUCGCGCCUUUCGCUUUGUCGCAUUCUCAGUCAGAGGGCCCCGGGGCCAUUUUGUGGGUUAAAAAAUGGCUAUUUUUUUUCUGAUUUCGAAAAAGCGCGGUCGCUAUGGGCCGCCUUAGCGAAGGGGCCGGCGCCGUAUUCUUCGCCGGCCAGUUGGUGGCCCUUUGGCCCGCCCGUCGGUCUGGCCUUUUUCUUCGAAGGACCCCCGCCCGCUCUGAUUUUUGUUGGUCCGCGCGCGUUGACGGCGCCGCCCUGUUGGUUUGUCUCCCCCAAGAAUAGAUUGCAGCUCGUUUGACAGGUCCAGGCGGUAUCUUGGGCGCUUUUUUUCUAUUGCAGCCGCAAUAAGUUCUCAGCCCGGGGCCACAGGCCGGUUAGCGAAGAUUUUUCGAAGGAUCAGUGUGUUCAGAAGCUACCUGCAGCGCGCUUCGUAGUGUUUACUCUCAUUGUUCCAUCGUGUUGCAAAUAUAUUUUUCCGGGUCCUUUUCCCCUUUUGUUCGUCGUGUGGUCGAAGCCAGUUUUGGUAUCAAUGUAUGCUUUUCGCACACCGCCCCCCAUAGAGUCGUUCUUUAUCAGAUUAUAUAAUUUGUUUGUGAGUUUUCCAUACGACGAUGGUGGACGUCGACGGGAACAUGCUCACACUUCCGUUCUGCGGUUUUGAUCUACCUCUGGAAAAUUACCGGGACAUGGUCACACUUCCGCGAAUUUCUCGCUGUGCGCGGGGGCGGUAUCUCAAGUGGUUUGCGGCUGGUUUGGCAAAGAUGGUGGGCAACAGCAGUGCGGCAGCACUUAUCAAAACGAAAUCGGAGGCGCAGGUAGGUCUGGAGUUCGAAGCCUGCUGGCGGCGGUUAAAGCUCGCAUAUCAACAGUGCGAGCUCGACAUGAUAAAGUUGCGGCUAUCGCGUGCAGCACCGGCGAAGGGAAUAGUAGAGCACAUUGAGUUCGAUGGCACACCGCUCCGCUGCUCGGUGAAAGGGGUGCACCACACUGGCGAUUGUUUCUGCGUUCUCCAGGGCUUCGCGUUUUGGGAUGAUCGCGACAGCGUUGCUGCGGACAAAGUGCGCGCACAAUUCCGCUUCUCGGAGAGACCGAUGGUGCGGCUCUGGCGGUCGCUAGAUUUGACGCACAUGACCAAUGGGCACACCGACGUGCGGACUUAUCACGAACUCGAUCAGCUGGAGACGGCCCGAGUAUCUUGUGCGAGAGCCCCCGUGUCGGAUUUGUCAUGCGCAAAAGAUGUCACGCAGGUGUCCUCCGAGAGGAUAUCUGAUCAUGGUUUUUAUUUCGUCCUUCAUCAUGCGGAGUUCUGUCAUGCGUAAUUUCCGAGCGUUGUUGUGGAUAGUGUGUGUUUUUUCUAUAUCCAGUUGCCCCCUGGUCAACAGAUGCACAGCAUGACAAAUCCGACACGGGGUGUUUUUUCGGUGUGAUGGGCCGAGUUGAUCGAACAAGCGUGUCCUCCUGGCUACGAUGUCAACUCCAGAUUUUUCACUUUGACAAAAUACACCGGCGAUGGCGCUACUGCCGGCGUCUUGCGGCACUACGUCGGGCAGAGGCAUGAACCCGAAUUCAUCCGGGCGGGAGGUUCUCUUGCUGGGGAGAUGAGCCUGUGGAUUUCGGACGAGUGUGCGGGGCACGGAUUUCACGGCGGGGUUGGGGACGGUGUGGAAGUCUUUCUUUCCGAUCACGACGCACUCGAGGACUUCAAAAAAGUCUGUCGCAGUUUUCGCAGAUCAACCGACCAGCUUCAGAGUGGGGUAGUUCAGUGGUUGGAGGCGACGUACAUGCAGAUGCCGCUGUAUCGCCUGCAAAACAAGCUGUGCCUAAUCUGUCAUGCUGUUUUUGGUAUUUAGAAUUAAAAUUGCAUGCCUGUCGUAUGUCCGCCCUAAGUUCCCGGGUAUUUUCACCUUUCCUGCACAUCCCGUACCACGCUGACUUCGAUAGAAGCAUUACAGAUUAGGCUGCAGUGUUGAUUUUGCAUCUCAUAACCCUGCACCCGAGGAAAAGGAGAGAUACGAGCUUGCAGUGCGAACACUGCUACCGGAGCAGGACGGUCCAGAUUCCCUAGCGCUUGCGGAGGAAUUAAUCAAGCUGGAACUUCGGUGGGAGUAUCGUGUGCAAAAGUAUCUUGCUCGUGCAAAGUGCAUUCAUGCAUGACGUAGAGCUGCCAUCUUUCUCUUCAUGUGCAUGACAGAUCUCGCACUACGUAUUCUUCAAAAAUUUUAUCAAGACUUACUCUGCACUUGUGGGGAGCUUUUGCAAUGCAUAUUUCGGGCGACUUUUUAUUCGGGGCAGCCGCAAUGGACCAGACCGAUGCCGUGGCGGACCUUGUAGUGCGCCUGAACUUCCCGGAGGUACAGUUCGGGAGAUUCGGGAACAGCGUAAGCGCAAUGCGGCGGUGCGCGGUUUCGUGCCUUGUCGGCCUUCUUCAUCUCGGGCGGUUUAUCGUUGCCCACUGCCCGCGGGUCGGAUUCCUGAAGCAGGCCCAGGGCCUCAACCUCCCCGGCGACGAAUUCAUUUCUGCGGCCUGGGGUAUUGGCCUCGGGCUUGGCGUCUUUGAAAAGUGCGAGAAGAAGUUGCUGAAGAGUGACAACAUCGCUCGACUACAUGAAAUCGAGACGGAGUUUCUCGCCGAUUUGGAGACCUUCCGUUGCGCAAACUGGUGGUGUAUUUUACAGGUCUCCGGCCUCAAGGAAGACAAGGUUGCCGCGCUCGUCCAAAAUAUUGGGUACGCGAUAGAAGCAGCAGCGGUGAGCUUUUCCGAGUUCCCCUUCCGCCGGCUGCGGGUGGCGCCGUACAGCGUGCUGCGGCCGCAAGAGAGGUUUAACCUGCGCGCGUUCCUCGAGCGUGUGGCAGCACUUCCGGAGGACGAGUGUGAUUCGGGGUUUACGUGGAAGCUCAAAUCCCUACAGAACACGGCCCCCACCAUCCUGGACCAGUGUUCCGGGUCAUUAAAGGACGUCUGCGAACUUGUUCUGACCAUGCCGCAGGCGAUAUAUUACUGCGAGAGGACCCACAAGUUCUCGAGUAGGAUGAACAAAGGUCGAUGCAGUUUCCCCGUUGUCAAUGAGUCCGCCUGGAAUGAACGCUUCGCCCAGUGUAGUCAUCUCCUCGCCCCAACCGUGCAACAGCUUCCAGCGGGCCCGGCUUCCAUCGAGGAGGCCUGGAAAGAGAGCGGGGCGCACCAGGUCCGUACGUCUUCAAUGUUCUGGUCGGAGUUCGCUCUACCGGCCGGCACAACUCUUGAAAACCAGGAAAAACAUAUGGUGGAAACAAUGCCGACCUUCCUCUACGCCAAACAUGACCCGGACCGGAGGGCGCGACUGGUGCGGAAAGUUGUGGCGCACCGGGAGACCCUGCGCACCGCAGCGGUGGAGAAAAUGGGAAAACUCCUGUCGCGGAAGGAGAAGAUACAGAGCGAUGAGGUGGACAAGAUCACGCAAUUUAAGAUCACCAACAGCUGCAAUCUCACUUCACAAAUCACGGACAAGCACCUUCUGGACGCGAUCAACGGGCUCCGGGGGCAGGGCGUCGACAAUCUCGCCAAGAGUGCGUGUCUGCAGCUGCCACUCACCGACGAGUUCGAAGCGCGGGUAGUAUCUGCUGCGGAAGAACUCCAGUUCUCCCUAUCACUAGAGUGAGAAUGUCUGAUCCUUGGGCCAGAACAGAACUACGCCGAUGCUUAGGUAGAAUUUCGCUAGUAGCUUUUCUGCAUGACAAACACAAAGACCAACCGCCCCGCUUUCGUAGUUCUGUCUGGGCACCGGGGGCAGGUUUUUUUGCAAGCCCAUAUCAGUUGCCCUACUUCCGCCUCCCGGACCUGGAUUACCGUGUCACCGAGCUGCUGCGGCGUUUUGCCGGUGGGGAGCAGAUACGGGGGGGACUUCUUGUCGUCCGCCCUGUCAGUCUGGACGAGUGGAAUUUGGAAGCGGAGGUGGAAAUAUAUCAGAUUGCGCUUGCAGUGAAGCGGCCUUAUUUUCUCGGUGGUGUGAUGCUUGAGGCGCAGCAGGGACACCAGGACGACUCCGGCCUGUACUGGAAAACAAACGACUUUGCCGAGUUUACCACCUUUGAAGACAGCAGCGAGAUCUAUUUCGUUCCGCCCGCGCACGUCCAGGCAGUUUCUGUUGCCUGUGUCGGGCUCCCCUUCCCGCUGACUGCACACAGCGUCCCGUUCUUUCCCGGGGCAGAGCGUCUCGCUGGGGGCCGUGUCAAGAAGAGGGAGCAGGUGGAAAACCGUUCGGGGCACCAGGCAGAGAGGCGGGUGCGGGAGUUGAAAGCGAAUAUACGGAGGAUGCGCAAUUUAGAGGUAGACCGACCAACAGUCCACGUUUGGGAUGAUGAAAACUAUGUCGAGCAGCGAGAUGGAGCACGAGCGGAACUGCAGCGAAUUCGCGACGAGGCGGAGCAGCAGUUCGGCGUAGAUGAUUCUAUUGCGUUCCAGACCGACCCCGUAAUGAGGGCAUAUCCGCGUGGGGGAGCAUGGUGUUUGCAAAAUUUGGGUCUUGCUGUGGCGAACUGGAAAUUUGAGAUAACGUGCAGAGCCACCAGGAAGAAGGUGGAAGAAAUAGGCCUUCCGCACUCCAAAGACGCGAGCGUUGCAGUUUGGGGCGGCGAGGAACGUGCGAGGGCACACGCGGUCUUAAUCUGGAAGAUCUUGAAGUGGGCCACUGCUGCGGGGGUGGUUGGUCUGCAUGGGCCCACUGACGCCUACUCCGAAAUGUGCCGCGAAGAGUAUCAGCAGCAGUUUGCUGAUGCGCUGCAGCUCGAUCGUCAGUUUUUAAGCACAAAGAACCUCCUCAAUAAGUGCAAGAGAAAGGAGUACUUUGAUAACCUUGACAAACUAGGAUCAGAGGCGGUCUAUGUUUUUCCGAUUCAGAAUGAAUAAAAAUCGAGAACGUUUCCUCCACUGAAGAUCUCACUUGUCGCAUUUUGAUCGCUCUGUUUCAUUUUUUGUCCCGGUUCGACACAAGUUGUUUCAUAUCUAUUUGUGGUCCAUUUUUUAUCUUCCUUCACUUUGAAACCUUUUUUGUCCGUCAAUUUUUGGUGGCGUAGCUGCCGAUCUCCGCAUAGAUAAGUCCAGAUCUUCGGCACAUAAAGAUCUCAAAACUUGAUUUGUCAUUCAACAUCAAAGCCGUUCACACUUUAAAUGAUGGGGGACCUGUCAUCGGCAGCUGCGGGCGCAUCCAACAAGCGCCCAGCAAACAAAAAGCAGGACGUAUUAUCUGCGUUUGUCAACAACAAGAAAAACAACAACGCGAUGAAGAAGGACGAGUCGAAGCUCCUGCUGCCCGACGAGAACCUCUUCGACAUGGACCAGGAGCAAUCGGUGAGGAAAUAGUCUUGUCCUUCGGUUUUUGCAUGACAUUUCCACAAAGCCUUGCGAGCCAACUGACAUGAACUAGAAAGCGGGGAAAUGUGCGACCAACCCUCGGGGACAACCCUUGGCGCACUGGUCGAAAAUCUUCUAAAUUUGGGAAACGUGCAAUUUCCUUAGGGAUUUCCCUGUACUCAGGAUUUUUGUCUUCUUCUGCCGCAAGGCAAAAGACAAAAACCAGAAAAAAGUUAGACCACUAGUUAGAAGCGCCAUUUAGAAACGAAUUUAGCACAGGGAAAUAGCAAAGGAAUUUAGAGUAAGAAAAUAGAAGGUGAAAAUAGAAGGCAGAUUUAGAAAGAAAAAUAGAAGGAAAUUUAGAAAGAAAAAUAGAAGGGGCAAAAAUAGACAAAAAAAUAGAAGAAAUUUAGAAAGGGGGAGCAGUUGUGAUCUGACAGCCAGGAUUCCGCUGGAAAAUUGCUGACUGCGCCCGUGCAAAAUCAAGCGCCCACUCAGGCGCGCUUUAAGAGCGCACUUUUGUCCUGCGCUGCCCCGACCGCCCCCGCCCGGUGCAGGCGGUCCGCAACUGCGCAAACAUUUUGUUGCGCCCCCCAGGUUGGGCUCGUGCGCUGCUUGGGGCCGUUGGUUUUGGGAGUUUUUAGUAUUGGGCGGAGCUGUGGUGGACGUCAGGGCGAUGUUCACCAUAGCCUCGUGCCUGCAUUUCUAGUUCAUGUCCAAACGCUCGCAAGGCUCAGCACACACAGCAGUGAAGCCAGCAGUAAACAACCACGACUCAGGUUUAUGAAAUAUAGCAACGCCCUCUCUUCGUGAUCGGAUCCAGGGUUUUGAGGAGUCUCCGGGGGCACUCAACACAACCCACAGCUCUAACAUACAGAACAAUACAAGGAAAGCAGGCGUAGCGCAUCCAAUCCCGAAGAGGUUUUUUCCCCUUUGAUAGUGGUGCCAUCGAUAUGGACGACAGUAAGACUGCGAACGACGGCAAGCAGGCCUCCAAAAAGCGGCGGCGGGAGGUGCGUUCCGCCGCGGACGACAAAGUCCUCGAAGAUGCGAUUGACACCUGGUUUCUCAGCAAGCGGAAGAACAACGACACUUGGAAAUUUGACAGCGCCGUCAUGAGGUCGGAGUUUGUUUCUAUGGGGUGCAAAAAUGGUCGUGUGCAUUGUGGCUCUGCAUGUGUGCGAAUUUGUCAUGCGGGGGAUGGGAGGUGGAAGGGACUUAUAGGCCCUUUCUGGCUUUGUGAUGCGUAUUUUCCCCAAGUUGUCAUGCAAGGCCUGAAAAUGUCUCUGUCAUGCAGGAGUCGCGAAACGAAAUUUAUAUCACACCAGCAGCACCCACAAUGUCCACGCACUGUUUUUGGGAUGAUAAGGGCGGACGCGAACAAGAUUGCCCCCAAGAAGAAAACAAUCAAACAGUACAUCAUGGACACCUACGUUUCGAAAACGCGCAAAACCUUCUCCAACUUCACGCUGGUGAAACACCAGGAGGCAACAGUUCUGAAAUUGUUGCAGGAAGAGCAGGCGCGAUUGGCAAAGCAGCAGGUAGUAGGUGUGCGCGACCUUAUCGCCACUUGUUUCGGGACGGAGGGCCCGCAGCAGGGGAAGGACGCCCUGGCGAUUGGUUGGGCGCACGCGGAGCAACUGCGGUUAAUGGCCAGCGUCGCCAACAGCAGCUCCUCGCUUGGAAACAGUUCAAAGGCACCGGCCGUUGCUGCGGUGAAGCAGGAGGAACAGCAGGAUGUCGAGAUGGAAGACGCGGACUUGGACGGGAAGGGUGGCGAUGGGAAUAGAACUCCUUCCGGGGGAGAAGCAAAUAAAUCGGGAUUGCUCGGCGGAGGGCCCGACGAAAAGAAAUUGCUGGGGGGCGAAGACGCAGAUCCGAAGACACCAGCCAGGAACGACAAGAGCGCCGGAAAUAACGCCAACCUCAUCAACAAAGCAGCAUCUUCCUUGAAGCAGAAAAAUUUGCUGAUCGCGUCCCAGGCAUCGCAGGACGAUGAACCGUUUUCCCCGGGAACUCUGGCCCUGAUGCAAGACACGAAGGACCUGAUCGCCCGUGGGCCGGGCAUGGAGACGAUCGGGAAUGACACUGGUGUUCCGUACGACAAAGUGCGGGAUCUCUUCAACGACGCCGAGAUGGGCGACUGGGACGCGGAGACAGGGUGGAUUGGCAUUAUGCGGCGCUGGGAUAAUCCAGCGAUCAACCACGAGCACCUGGAGUGCAUGGUGACGAUGCAUCGGCAGGCAAAAGGUAUUUUUUGGCGAUUUUUCCCAUGUAGAGCAGCAUGACAAAUUUAGGAUUGUAAUCGUCUUUGAGAUUUUCUUUCUUUUGCAUGCAUCUAUGGCAACUGCGUGCAGAACGGCCACACGCAUCACAAACCUGAUGGUCGUAGUCGGUCUCUUGUUUUCGGAGUUCCCUGUUCUUCGAUCUCGAUUUCGGUCUACGGCAUUUCCGUUCCGCGCGCUUAUAUGCAUGACAAGGUCGCUUAUCGAAUUCUGCGUCUCAGAGCCUCAGCGCCUGUCUUAGUUAUCAGCAUGACAAACUGGCUUUUUUAUGAUUUUUCUGAAACUUCAAUCAACAGCGGCCGGCGUCAAGACCGAGCCGUACACGACGGCGUUGCCGGCGGCUAUUGUGGGGCUCCUGACCGACCGGUGGGAUCUCGGGACGCACUCGAGGGCCGACUAUUUUGAACUGUAAGUAGUUCGUUUUUCCGUCUGCUACCGCACUUCGCAACUUUUUAUAAUAUCCGUCUUCAGAAUGAACGAAGAAGCAUUUCGCGCAUGACAAAUCCACAAUGCGCAAAAAUCCACACCUUCAGGUUUGGAAAAUAUAUGAAGCCUGCGUCGGAGAAUACGAUCGAUUUCUGGCAGACCAUGAAAGCCAACUGCGAGGAUGGAAAGUUGCGCGUCCCGGAGAGCAAGGUUGUACAGGUGUACAACAAGUGCAAAAUGGUGGAGAUUCCGGGGCUGUUUGCCGUCGAGGCGGCGGACCUCAAGGUCAAGGCCGAACACAUGCAGCGAAAAACGCAGAUCAAGCUGGUACUUAUUUCCCAUGGCCCCACUGUGGUCUAUUUCCGUAUGUUGUGAGAUCUUGCAGUAUGGGUAGCAGUAAGUUUGGAGGGCGUGUGCGAAGUCUCUUAUGCAAAUGCACUGAAAAAAAAAAAUGCAGGAAGCAAAGCCCAUCCUGGACGCCUGGGAUUCGAAGACCCCCCUGUCCGCCGUGGAGUUGGAUAAACUCAACGCCUCCCUCGAGGGCAUUCUCAUCAAGGUCAAGGCCUCAGGGAAAGCAGGGGAGUGGUACAAGGCCUUCCUGUCCAUGUUGCACGACAAUGGGGUUAAGUCUGCUGGCCCGUGGCUGCGGGAUGUUUGUCUGCAUGGGGCGGACUUGCCUGCGAUGCACCAGAUCUUCGACGGCAUCAACGUGUUGGACAGCGUGCGGGCAGCCCGGGUGGGACUGAAAAAGCAGAUUGACAGAGUCUUCAAGCCGACCGACGGACUGUAUAUACAAAUAAUUGCGGCGCUUCUUUGUAUUCUCUGCCCUGAUGUGCUCCCUCCAUUUCUACCAGGCGCAUGACAGAUCGGCUAUUACAGCUGCCGCUGGUGUUUUCGUAUUAGUGUCUCGAGCAUUUCCGUGCCCGAUCAAGCUCUCUGUGGUGUCAGUCGGUGCGCGGUCAUAUUUCCCCCAGAGGUGAUAGUAGCUGUCUUGUAUCUAUUACCAAAACCCACUUCCCAGGUUCAAGCUGUACCAGGUCGCCCUCGCGUUGAACAAGGAGACUCCGUAUUUGACCUACGAAUUGGAUUUGCUGCGCAUGGAGUGCGACAAGCUGAACGACUCGCAGUAUGUCAUGUUGGCUGCAGCGGAAGAAGAGUGGGUGCAGCCCCCGGGUUGGAUUUUGGGUGGCCAAUGGGACGAAGCGUCGAAACAGAUGGAGGAGUACAUCACGUAUCAUUUGCAAAAUUACCGCGCAGUCGCACAACGGUGUUUCGUGAGAAGUCUAUAAUGCGAGGAAAAGCAAUGUUCCAGAUCUCCCCCUCCCCUUCAAAAAAUUCGCAAUUAGAUCUAGAUUAGCUGCGCGGUGAUUUUGCAAUUCAUAUCGCGUGGGCGUUUGCCAAACGGGCCGAGGCGACCGAAUUGGGCAAGGGAAAGGACGAAACCUCUGCGCUCAUCCGCUGCUAUGGGGAAAACCUGGCAAAGAAGGUCUCCGUCACGCGUAAAAAUGUCGACGCGAUCGUGGCGAAUUUCGUCACCACGGUGACUGCGCUGAAGAAGAACAAAACGGCGCCGCGUAUUUCGUUUUGAUUUGUGCACUUAAAACCAUUCCUCCGUAGCAAUAUGCACAUGCAGACUCUCAUCGUCAUCUCUCGAUCCAUUAACCCCUUCGCGAUUUUUCUUUUUGUCCAUGCAGGGGCCAGAGCUUGUUUUUUUCUUUAUUGUAGAAUAAAAAUACUCACAGUUCUGGAAAAGGCGGGAAAAUGGUACCAGAAGAUCAAGUGGGGAGUGGCCUUCUUCACAGAGGAUCACGAGAGAAAGCUGCAGCCCGCGAUCACCGCUCUGCAGCUCGUCGAGGCGGAGGACGCAAAGGCAACGGCGAAAAAAACGGCGUACGACCGCGGCAUCAUCAAGGCCACGAAGGGGAAGGUCGCGGCGAUGAAAAGGAAAGCGUGAGUCCCAACACGUGAUCAACUGGAACUGGUGGCGUUGACACAAAUGGAGCUUUAGCAUAACAGACUUACCAUUCAAAUUCUGAACUUCUCUGGACAUUCAGUCACACGAUGACGCCCGUGCUGCGAUUGACUCGGAACAAAUGAAAGCGUUUGCUUCUGCAAAAACUCUGCGUGGUAGCAGGGGUGAGAAUACAGACUAUUUAGCGGCGAGCUUUGGAUGUGUUGAAUCGAAUGAACAAGACACACGGAAGAAUCGAAAACCGACAGGCCACCUGCGGCACAGUAUCACAACGGACACCUUUGACGAAUUCAACGAACAUCCCGGAUUGCACGAAUCACGACUCAUUUUCCAAAACUCACAAACAAGACUGAACUGAUAAAGAACGACUUGCAUUCCAACCGAAUUGGUGAAGGACUCACUCUAUGCGGAUUUGUCUUCCUGUAUUCUUUCGUCUUCGUCUUUUUCCGAAUUCAUUGUGAAGGAGCCCUUCCGGGGUCAUUUUUAGUCCAACCUCUGUGCAUCCUCAUCAUGCAAACCAACGCGGUGUUGGAAUAGGAGGGGCGCUCCACAAUCACGAUCCGCUGCGGGUGUUGCAGCGAAAAAAACAACACAUGACCACCCCCCGUCCGCGGGCGGCGGGCCCUUGCAGUGGUGCCCCCCGCCUGUGGCGCCAAAAGCGGGGCGCGUGGCCGAGGCUCUAGUGGCCGCGCCAGAGUCGCGCGCCGGGUUCACGCUAUCUUGCGCGCAGCCUGGGUAGAUUUAUACCUGCGACGCUUCUCUGCCUUCCGGCCGCACAUGGCCCGCGGGAUACCACGGGGGCAGUGGCGCCCCUACUUCUGUGCCGGCUCCUGCGCCACCAGCCGGCGCCACGGACUCGCUGGCGGCCGUGCUUUUGAAAAAAUCAGAAAAAAAUUAGAAAAAAAUUAGAAGCACCCACCGCCCCGGGCCCUCUGACUGAGCAUUCAGGACGCUGGACACUAAGACCAUCUACAUGAAAGUGUCCGAAUCUUCUAUGUUGUUCUAGACGCGUAAGGUGACAACUAGCAAUACUUUCUUCGAUUGUAAUGCAUGCAAUGUCUUCCGCGGUGUCUCUAGUCGUCUGACCCCGGAGGCCCAUCACGAAAAGAUCACACCCAAGGACUGGGAGGUUCAUCCUCUCGUGGUUCUUGAUUGGUAGCAUCUGACCGGAUUCCCUGUUGACGAGAGAACCGCCAGAGCUGUUGUAGUUCAGAUCCCGCCCACGAUCACUGAGAUUGUCCUCACCGAGCCACGGAAGAAUACGAUCAAUAUCUCUUGGUAGAUGUUUAAAAUAGACGCCAUAGGGCAAACCUAGAGCGUUUUCCUUCAAUUUUCCGCCAAAACCAUCACGAGCCCCGGCCGUGCCGUUGAUGCGACAGACGUUGCUCGAGAUGUCAAUAAAAUCCGAUUUGUGUCUAGAUAAAUACUUGCUUGCACAUGAAUCGACCAAGCUCGCUUCGUCCUUGAUCUGUGCAGUAAAACAGCUAAAAGAAUCUACAUCAAAUUCCUCUAAAUUCUCGAAGUUCAGCAUACAACUACCAUACUCCGAGAUAUAAACACCUCCUUCAUCGAGUCAGGCUGGUCCUUGCCAGACCCAACCACCCUGCUUUCCACCGGCUCCCUGCCCUUGAUUCUGGUUGUUCAUUUGGUUCUGGUUCACCGGCGGACACCACUGCGGCUGCUGGUUUCCCCAGACACCACCCCACUGACCUUUCCCUUGAUUGUUAGGAUUCCAGCGGCAACGGUCCGCCUUAUGGUUUUCCUUGCCACAGAUCCAGCAUUUGGGUUUGGUCACAGUGUUGUAGGGAGUGCUCUGGUUCCGACCAGUCUUACCACCUUUCUGGCCACUUCCACCCUUAGCGUUAGGCUUCGGGGGCAGGCCAUGGGCAGCCAAGACACUCGCUUCGGUCUGCUUGCGUAAUUUGGCUUUCAUGCGUUUCAAGGCUUUCGCCGAGAACACCUUGCCAGAAGAAGCAUUUUGACCAUCAUCAGCGGAGUCCGGCUCCUCAUCAUCAUCGUCAUUUUUCUGACGCUUAUUCCCCUUCUUGUUCUUCUUCGACUUCUCCUCGACGACCGGGAAGGCCUUGCCGAAGGACGGGUUCUCAAUCUUGUAGGACCCCUCCUUGACCAGCUGCGCGAGCUUCUUCUCGAGACGGUUCCCGAUCUCCUGCAAGGUGAUGUGAUCGGACUCGUCUACGCAGCGGUCGAUGGUCUGGCGGAAGGCCGACGCAAACAUCUUGGGCAACUUGUCCAGAAUGUUCUUCACAUGCUGAUCUUCAAUCGGACGCCCGGGCUCCGGGACGUAGACACUCGGCGCCAUCUCCAUCAAGUCGUGGAUCUGGGCCAGGAACGUCGGAGCAUCCUUCGGCGCGUCUCGGUUGUCGAAAUGCAUGGCGUCGAUCGAGGACGUCUUGAUGUGCUGCUGGUCACGGGAGGCAACAUUGAAGCGACCAACAUCACGAAUACGCAUGAACAGUUGCGCAGCGUCGUCGUUGAUGUAGUGCUGACUGUUGACCCACGUGGACACGGACCCGGUGCGUGACUUGUAGAUGGCAUCCUUCAGGUCGCGCCACUUCUCCCGGAUCGCAUUAUUGGCAGUAUUGUUCGCCUGCGGAAUCCCCGGAGGGUUACCGGCAAGACGAUUAUCCCAAUACUCCUGGAGUCCGAGGCGAGAAACCUCGUUCGUGACUCCGCGACGCCAGACGCGCCAGUCCUGCGCGCUGGACAACUUCUCCGUCAAUUUCGCCUCUUGGCCCAUCUUCAAACACUUAUCUGACUAGAAGAGCCAGCUUGAGUCUCAAGGCGUAACGUAGUGUUAGUGGACUUGAGAACACUCGCACACACUUACACACGUUUGCUCCACUGAGCUCGUUAUCAGCAGCAGUUCAAUGAAUUCUCUCAAUUGCAAGUAAGCAAGCAAGUGACGCAAGUCUCUUGCUGCGUUACAUCCUGUAGGUUCAAUUCAUCCAAAUUCAUCACAUUCAUAUGGACCAAUCGGGUUCAGAGUCAAGUGGCAAAACAGCAUGGGAGUCCACUCCUCAACCUGCUCAGAUUGGUGCUCGACCCUGGCGGGAGUCAAGUCCCCCAGGGUGACCACUCUGAACGUCUGGACCGAGCUGAGUCCACUCAUUUCACUACGAUCCUGAUGGCUUUGCCUUCGUAGUAUUUGGGGGAUUCGCGGAACAUGGUGAAGAGUUUCCUUUAGGAUCUAGAUAGAUUCUGACCAUUUCCCUAAGGAUCUAGCUAGUUCAGGUCAUUCAGAGCUGUCAUUUCAUUGGGAACAGGCGUCAUUUGGGGCGAUCGUGUUACGUGUGUGCGGGAUCGAUUUCCAUGGCCAACAAUAAGAUAGGCAAUUUGUGAUGCAAAUUCUGCUUCUUCAUCACUAGCUAGAGUAAACAGGACUGAUACACUACGAGCUGCCCACGGAACUUGUCAUGCUUGGGAACCAAUAAAAGCUGUUCGUUUUUACGCAGGAUAGCAGGGGGCUCCUCCCCGUCUAGCUCCAAGCCGGCGGAUAUCAUCAUACCGGAGCAUAUGGAAGCGUCAGGAUUGAAAUCGACAAAGUUGAAAUUAUUUGCGAUGCACAAAAUCAAUGCCAGUUGGGCCUCUUCAGUUUCUCAGUGGCGCAUGACAAAUUUAGAAAACACCAAAAUACAGUCUGUCAUGCUGUUUAGGAAAAGUAGACUGCUCCUGUCAUGCUACUCUGUACUCUGGCAGCACAUCGCCUUCCCCUGAACAGGCUCGCAAUCGCUCGCAUUUGCUUGCUCCCCAACACAGGCCAUCCGUGCUGUGCAUUUUAUGCAUUACAAAUUUUUCGAUUUUGUCGAUUUCGAUCCUGACAUUCCCAUAGAGCACCAGUCGUGCGUCCUCGACCAGGUCAUCGAAAACGAGCCAUUUUAUCGAAGAAAAAAGCUACAUUGUUAGCUGUAACUUUGUGAUGCGCAACAUGCAAAGUGAUUGCGGCUGUCAUGCUCAGCAUGCAUGGUAAAGUCGUCCAUCCAGGCGCGUUUUCUCGGCAUACCAUCUGCGCAUGACAGGUUUUUGCUCUCAUACAUGCCAGACGGAUUUGUCAUGCUGCUCCUCCAAGAACGUUACACCUACAAUCUUUUUUUCUUGGAUAUGUUUAGGAUACGCUUCACGGACAGUGGGGGACUGUCGGUGUACGACAAAGUGCGAAAACCAAUCCUACGAACAGCGCAUCUCGUCGUGCUGUGCUUCAGCUGCGCGAAGAAACAGUCCCUAGCAUCGGUGAAGGAAAAAUGGUUACCACUGGUCAGGUCAUUAGCCUUUUUGAAGAAGGACAGGGAAGAGGAUUUCGUCUUUCUGAAGCCAGUGAUACUACUGGGGCUGCAAACGGAUUUACGUACUUGAUAUUGAUGGUUGAUUUUUUUCUCGUAGUUGCUGCAAAUACAAGCGCACGUCAAUGAGAUGCAAAUAACAACUUCAACCGUGCAUAGAAUUGGAAAUGGAUAUCUUCAUGUCUGAGCGUGACAGAUGAAUGAAUUUCUGUUCCCGCAGCUUCGAGGGAACCAAUGGCAGGAUCAUGUUGUCAUGACGGGCCAGGUAUCUUGUAGAGUUGUACUCCGAGAAGUAGUAGAACUUGCACAACAUCACACCAAACAUACAAUUUCAGGCGCAUCUUCCUCCGUCGCGGUAACAGAAGGGGAGGCUUCCAAAUUCGCAAACUAUCCUGUUGCACACUUUGGAUCAACGUCCCUGAGGUCUGGUGGAAUUGCAUCAGUGCUAGAUGUAUGAUUCGGAAGCAUGUCAUGAUAGCUCGUGAUAUGAUGUUGGCAAAAACCACGUGCGUUAAACAUUGCGGUCGUCUAGCAUGUCAAAAGAAAAAAGGAAAACCGUUUGCAGUAGAGGAUAUUAGAAAUUCGAUCCGACACCGACUGUAAAAGAACAAGUUGACCGGAAGAUCUAAGUCAAGACCGCUGGUCCCGCCAUUUGUUUGCAAUCGAUAAACCCGAGGCGGAAGCCAUCAGUUACCUGGAGUGCUCCCUCGCAGCGGAUCUUAUCCCAUCAAAAUGAAUUUCUUCAACAGCCACCUCCAUCAAGUUCAAAGCAGAAGAGUUGUAGAACCAGAACCCCUCCGUUUUGCGUACUGUGGUCAUGAUGGCCAUACCUAGAGAUAAAAAAAAAGCUGCAAAAGGUGGAUUUAUCCCGCCGUCCAGGAGUGCAUGCUGCACACAAAGUUGAGUGGCGCUAUCAGAAUCUUGUGGACACGUGAAUCCAUUUCUAGUAUUUGUGCCUUGAUGGACGGUGGAAUGUUUUUUUCCAACCGCGAUAAGCUCGGACGAAGCGCUAGACGCCCUGAGGACGAAAAUCUUGAGCACGGCGAAAGAGUAUAUUAGUGCCUUCGCUUUAUUUUGUUUCAACUUCUUGUUUUGUUAGUUCUAGUUGUGCCGGCCGCGGAGGCUGCGUCUGCUUGUUCCUGUUGGUCUUUUCAUGCACGAGAAAAUGAAAAACAAGAUUGAAAAUGAAUAUUGAAAAUCAGGUCCUACCUAUUCCGAUGGCAGCAGAAGAGAAUAAAGCGGUCCCUGCGGGGGGAAUCCGACCAAGCGGUGGACUAUCCAGGGAAAAAACAGUGCUAGAAGUUGAAGUUGUGUGAAUGGUUCUCUAUUACAGUGCAUGUAAGACUACAGUGACACUCACUCUUAUCAGAUGGCCGCACACUAGCGCUCAUGGGAAAUAAAAUUUCAGUUUCACGCAGUAUCACGGAAAGCGAAAAACAAGUUUUUUUUUGUCAUGCUGCAGACCGAAUUUGUAAAUGCAAGUCAAAGUAAACAGCUUUUUUUUUCUGGAUAUGAACAUGGGGGCUGCCGACGUGGACAAGUAUGUGGCUGAAGCCUUUAUGAAGUGCAAAAGCAUGAUCGUACUACGUAUAAAUUGCAUUAGCAUGACAGACGAGAUUUGUAAUGCUGUUUUAGCUAAUGCUAGGGAAGGCGGAGGCGAUUUGUCAUGCAUGUCUGCAAUUGGUACGACUGCGAUCCUUUUACAGUGCAUAGCCUUAACGGUCGAGCAAGACACCGACCCCCUCGCGAAAGAGCAGAUCACGCAAAACCUAUCCUGCCUCGGAGUCACCCCCUACAUGAGCCAUGCGUACUUUAAUUCUUUAAUAUCCACCUACCGAGUACUAGAACACGAUGAAUGAGUGUGCUGCAUGCUUUUGCAGCACUGCUGCGUGUGAUGGUGCUGUUCAUUUUCAUGAAUCCGGGCUGUAGAUAAAGGAGUUGUAGCAGGCACGUUAAUGUUUUGAAUAUGAACAGGAAAACAAAAAAUAAAAAGCUGUGAUGCAAAAACACUGCCACGAAUCUCAGAUACCUGCAGUGUGACCUUCCGGACCUCGGGCUAACGAGCUGCGAUGCCUUACGAGGAUUUCCGAACCUGCGUAUCCUGUGUGAAAGCGCUUUCAAAUCCAUUUUUACCUGGAAGAUAGUAGUCCUGCUCCUGCUACUCGACGCAUUCCAGCAGAUCCGCCGAAAAUUGUCAUGCGUGGCACGACCGCAGGCUCCUCUCAACAUGAUGACGAUCUUCUGGUGUGUAUUAAAAGCGUUUUUGCACAGGAUACGGUAGUAUCUGGACAUAUCAAACAACCAGCUGCGAUCGCUGGAGCCGUUAGGUAUCGAUUCGUAAUAUUCAAGUGGAAGUAGUUUCAUGAUCGUCCUCGAUCAGUACGUAAAAUGAGAAAUAGCAGUGACGGAUGACUACGGGUACCGCGUCAGUGCAUGACCGAUCGAAGCCACAUUAUAUCAGUUUCUUCGUUCGGACAGAUCGUGUGCAUAAAAUUGGAACUACAAAGACCCUCUGACGAAUGAUGAAAACGAAAAACCAGCAGCAAAGAUGACAAGUAACAAGCUGCUGGUCUAGAAGGCUGGUUAAAAUUCACAGUCGUCAACAAACAAGUAUACAUCGAUUCAAAUUCAGGUGAGCUCCCAUUCCUGCUCCGGCUCAACGCAUCCAGAAACCAGAUGGUCCGCACCCAAUCUACCAAAGUGUGCACAACAUGCACUCAUACUCAGCCUCACCCUCGUCUUGAGACGAGUGUGUCGCGUCUACAGCAAGUAUAAGCACAAGGCGCCGGUAGUACCAGUAGCACAGCCUUUAUUGCAUCGACUACAAUGAUCUGCACUCUACACAUGAGUUGAUGUUGAUGUUGUCGUGAAACAAGUGCAAACAGACCAGGAGGGGGUUUAUUGGCACAUUAGUGCAUGCCAGGCGAAGGGCACCAGCAGGAUGAGUUGUUGUGCAGUCUCAUACAAGCCUUCGGACCGCCACGACAUCUGGAGUCCGUAUGCAGUGUGAUGCAGCAACAGAGUUACCUGAUUACGGUGUCUUCUUGGUAAGUACAGUUUCUGGUGCAACAAUAGUAGCGGCAUCUCCUUCGUACCAAGAUAACGACAAGUAGACUUUCAUGAUGCGCACUACUCAACAGAGAAGAUGGUGUUGUCGCGCAUAAAGGUGUAAAUUUUUUUCUUCUACUCCGUCCGGCCUACCAUUGGUACUGCAACUGCUACUGCUGUAAAAGCACGUAAGUAAUAUGGAAGACUUCGGCACGUAAUCAUUGGAAAAUUUUGUUUCUCCGCAUACUCCAUUGACCUCUCGUACAACCUAAUCUCCGAGCUGGGCGACUGGCGCACGCACAAGAUGUACCCUAUGUGAAAACGUCCGUCCCCACUCCAGACGAGUUGUAGUGCAAAUCUGCAUGCCUAUCUAAAAAUAUUAAUAUUUCUCAUGCGCACCCGCUUGAGAGGCCCGUUUGCUAGUGCUAUCUUGGAGUAGUUUGUCAUGCUAGACGAGUCAGGAAGAUAUGUUGAUCGAUUUGUGAUGCGUAAUUCACUGCUAGUCGAAAAAAAAAAAAUAAAAACGACUACACCACAAUCCCGAACCUGUCAUGCGCAUGAGGAUGAGCCAAAACUUGCUGCCGAAUCUGUAGAGAAACCCCUCAGAAAUUUGACUCUGGGCGGUUGGAGGGGACGUACUAGUUUUUCCACCCGAUAAGAAGCUCCGGGAGUUGAACCUGCGCGGGAAUUUCAUUUCCGAAAUCGACGGUAUCGCGCUGCUAUGCAUUGCAAAAGUAUCGUGCUCGUAUAAAUGCAUUACAAAUUGACUUAACAUUACAAAUUAAAUUUGUAAUGCGGAUUUUCCUUAAGCAGAAGAUUUGUAAUGCAUAAACGCAAUUACAAUUUAGUGCAAGUGCGAUACUUUUGCAAUGCAUAGCUGCGAAAAAACUCCAGGCUCAAAAUGCUGGAUUUGAGCGAGAACCACAUUUUCAAGAUCCAGAACCUAUCACGCAGAAAAAAGCAGGCAGAUCGCAUUUGUAAUGCAAAAAUAAAUACACAAAAAAAUCUGUGCUGCAUAGCUCAAGCAGCAUGCUGCGGGACCGCCCAUGACAGAUUUUUUUGUGUGUUUGUUCUUGCACUACAAGUGUUGGUCAUGGAAAUCGAUCCCGCACACACGUAACACGAUCGCCCCAAAUGACGCCUGUUCCCAAUGAAAUGACAGUUCUGAAUGACCUGAACUAGCUAGAUCCUUAGGGAAAUGGUCAGAAUCUAUCUAGAUCCUAAAGGAAACUCUUCACCAUGUUCCGCGAAUCCCCCAAAUACUACGAAGGCAAAGCCAUCAGGAUCGUAGUGAAAUGAAUGGACUCAGCUCGGUCCAGACGUUCAGAAUGGUCGCCCUGGGGGACUUGACUCCCGCCAGGGUCGAGCACCAAUCUGAGCAGGUUGAGGAGUGGACUCCCAUGCUGUUUUGCCACUUGACUCUGACCAGGUUCGGUCCAUAUGAAUGCGCUGAAUUUGGAUGAAUUGAACCUACAGGAUGUAACGCAGCAAGAGACUUGCGUCACUUGCUUGCUUACUUGCAAUUGAGAGAAUUCAUUGAACUGCUGUUGAUAACGAGCUCAGUGGAGCAAACGUGUGUAAGUGUGUGCGAGUGUUCUCAAGUCCACUAACACUACGCUACGCCUUGAGACUCAAGCCGGCUCUUCUAGUCAGAUAAGUUAGAUUGAAGAUGGGCCAAGAGGCGAAAUUGACGGCGAAGCUGUCCAGCGCGCAGGACUGGCGCGCCUGGCAUCGCGGGGUCACGAACGAGGUUUCUCGCCUCGGGCUCCAGGAGUAUUGGGAUAAUCGUCUUGCUGGUAACCCUCCGGGGAUUCCGCAGGCGAACAAUACUGCCAAUAAUGCGAUCCGGGAGAAGUGGCGCGACCUGAGGGAUGCCAUCUACAAGUCGCGCACCGGGUCCGUGUCCACGUGGGUCAACAGUCAGCACUACAUCAACGACGACGCUGCGCAGUUGUUCAUGCGUGUUCGUGAUGUGGGUCGCUUCAAUGUUGCAUCCCGUGACCAGCAGCAGAUCAAGACCUCCUCGAUCGACGCCAUGCAUUUCGACAACCGCGACGCGCCGAAGGAUGCUCCGACGUUCCUGGCCCAGAUCCACGACUUGAUGGAGAUGGCGCCGAGUGUCUACGUCCCGGAGCCCGGGCGUCCGGCUGAAGAUCAGCAUGUCAAGAACAUUCUGGACAAGUUGCCCAAGAUGUUUGCGUCGGCCUUCCGCCAGACCAUCGACCGCUGCGUGGACGAGUCCGAUCGCAUCACCUUGCAGGAGAUCGGGAACCGUCUCGAGAAGAAGCUCGCGCAGUUGGUCAAGGAGGGGUCGCACAAGAUUGCGAACCCGUCCUUCGGCAAGGCCUUCCCGGUCGUUGAGGAGAAGUCGAAGAAGAACAAGAAGGGAAAUAAGCGUCAGAAAAAUGACGACGAUGACGAGGAGCCGGACUCCGCUGAUGAUGGUCAGAAUGCUGCUUCUGGCAAGGUGUUCUCGGCGAAAGCCUUGAAACGCAUGAAAGCCAAACUACGCAAGCAGACCGAAGCGAGUGUCCUGGCUGCCCAUGGCCUGCCCCCGAAGUCUAACACUAAGGGUGGAAGUGGCCAGAAAGGUGGUGGCAAGACUGGUCGGAACCAGAGCACUCCCUACAACACUGUGACCAAACCCAAAUGCUGGAUCUGUGGCAAGGAAAACCAUAAGGCGGACCGCUGCCGCUGGAAUCCUAACAAUCAAGGGAAAGGUCAGUGGGGUGGUGCCUGGGGAAACCAGCAGCCGCAGUGGUGUCCGCCGGUGAACCAGAACCAGAUGAACAACCAGAAUCAAGGGCAAGGAGCCGGUGGAAAGCAGGGCGGUUGGGUCUGGCAAGGACCAGCCUGACCAGAUCACGGAGGAGUUUAUAUCUCGGAGCAUGGUAGUUGUGUGCUAAAUUUCGAGAAUUUAGGGGAUUCUGAUGUAGAUUCUUCUAGCUGUUUUACUGCACAGACCAAGGACGAAGUGAGCUUGGUCGAUUCAUGUGCAAACAAGUAUUUAUCUAGACACAAAUCGGAUUUUAUUGACAUCUCGAGCAACGUCUGUCGCAUCAACGGCACGGCCGGGGCUCGUGAUGGUUUUGUAGGAAAACUGAAGGAAAACGCUCUAGGUUUGCCCUAUGGCGUCUAUUUUAAACACUUGCCAAGAGAUAUUGAUCGUAUUCUUCCGUGGCUCGGUGAGGACAAUCUCAGUGAUCGUGGGUGGGAUCUGAACUACAACAGCUCUGGCGGUUCCUUAGUCAACAGGGAAUCCGGUCAGAUGCUACCAAUCAAGAACCACGAGAGGUUGACCCUCCCAGUCCUUGGGUGUGAUCUUUUCGUGAUGGGCCUCCGGGGUCAGGCGACUAGAGACACCGCGGAAGAUAUUGCAUGCAUUACAAUCGAAGAAAGUAUUGCUAGUUGUCACCUUACGCGUCUAGAACAACAUAGAAGAUUCGGACACUUUCAUGUAGAUGGUCUUAAUGUCCAGUGUCCUGAAUGCGACAAAGCGAAAGGCGCAAGAAGCUCUCACGCCAAGGAGCGAGACACUAGUAAUUACAAACCUGAACCAUUGAAACUACUAGCGAUGGACUUCGCGGUAGGUAUUAAACCUGUAUCGAUUCGGUCACGCACCUGCGUGCUUGUGGUCAUCUGUGAUGCCAUCAAGAAGUGUUUCUGUGUCCCUCUUAAGCUGAAAAGUGACUGCGUUGAGGUUUUGGAAGAAUUGAUCAAAGGCAUUCGCCAGACCUACGCUUUGACCCUCGAGGACAAGGUGGUAUGGUUCGUCCGUAGGGACAGUGAGCCAGUUCUGGGCAGUGACUCCAUGACCAAGGUCAUGCAAUCGCUGCGGGUCGGUGAUGCUCCUGCGGUUCCCUACAACCCAGAGCAGAACGGAACCUGCGAACGCUUUAUGCGGACCAUAUUCGGCGCUGUGCGUGCGAUGUUGGUGAACGUGGACAAGCGUCUGUGGUGCUACUCGGUCGAGUACGCUGCAGCAUGCUGGGACCGCCUUCCGCAUAAGUAUAGCAAAAUGCCUGAGUACGACGGAAAGACUCCUGCAGAAAUUCUGGAUGAGAGAACUGGAAGAAAUAGCUCGAAAGUUGGCACAAGGAUGCUAAGGCGUUUUGGUUGUCUCGUUUAUUUUCGUGAACAAGUCAAGAAAGGCGAAGCUCAUGAAGCUCCUGAGGGGGGAGUAGAAGUGGUUGCUCCAAAGCUGUCCGCGCCAUUUCGUCGUGGUGUAUUUCUCGGCCUUUGUCCUAAGUCUUCGGGCUGGCGGGUUGGGACGUAUGUCACGGACGGCCGGUCCGCCGCGGGACAUCGUUGGAUGGAGUAUUCUACCAUCGACGUCAAGUUCCGUGAGGAGUACCUCGUGAAGAAUAUUGAAGACCUAGUUCCUAACUCCAAAGGUAUCUAUGUCGAGUGUGACGCAAUCGAGGCCCUACCUAGUGGAGCGUCGUGUGCGCCAUCUCUCCCGUGUGUCGGUCUGAUCAAAAGGGCUGAGCACCGGCUGGGGGUGGAUGUCUCGGAGCACACUGGUAGGCAGCCUGACGGUCCUGAAGAGACGUUGGUAGUUGAAAGUCUGGAUAGGGAAGAUGAUCCGGGCCAGAUAGAUCCCGAGCCUGAAGGUGUUAAACCUGAGGAGGGGAAUCUGGACGAUCACCCCACUCACAGCAGCUUAUCUAGUCCAAGAAAGGCGAGCCCGUCUCCGGCAAGGAUUGUGGCUGGCAACCGCAACUCCAAGCCGCGAGGUCGUGGUCGUCCCAAAGGGAGAAAGGACAAGACAAAGCGCGUGAGACGUACUAAGAAAGAGCUCGCAGAAUUGAGAAAGGACGCUAGUGCCUUUGCCGCAGCAAUAGCAGCACAGGAUGAUCGCGAGGAAGGUGAGGAAUUCCUCGACGUCCAGUGUUACUUGACUACAUCGGCCAAGUUGGAUCCUGCUCGUUGCAAAGACUCAGUCGAAUGGAACGCAGCAACCAACAAGGAAGAUUGUAGACUUGAAGCCUAUAAAGUGUGGGAGCCAGCUACUGACGAGGAGCUAGCGACCGCAAAGCAGGUUUUGCCUAUUGCUAUCCUUCUUACCGAGAAGCGUGACGGUACGAAGAAAGCGCGAGCAGUAGUACUCGGUAAUCUAGAUCGUUCGGGCGAGCUGGACACUUUCGCUCCUGUUGUGUCCCAUGCCGCUAACAGGUUACUUCUAGCCGCUGCAGCCGCAGACGGUGAUGAUGUGAUCCCGUUCGACCUUGAUAGUGCGUUUCUCAAUGCCUUACUUGAUCGCGACGUCUUCUGCCGCUUGCCACCCAUCUGGGCGAAGAAGCACGGCGUGGAGAUCGUCAAGCUCAAGAAAGCGCUUUACGGCUUGAAAGACGCCCCCAGGCUCUGGUAUAAGAAGUAUGAGGAAGUACUGACCAAGCUAGGUUGGGAACCCUGUCCCUCUGCGCCAGGUCUGUGGAAGAAACCGAGCUUGGAACACCCUGGGAAGUUUCUGAAGUUGGCAGUGUAUGUCGACGAUAAUCUUAUCACAGGUCCUCCGACUGGGUCCGAGUUGGCUGGAGAACUUGCGGAGAUCUUGCACCACGUCAAGGGGCGCAUGAUCGACGUCGAGCUUGUUCCGGAGUUUAACUCUGUGUCCAAGAAGUUUGACUUCCUAGGGUCAAUAGUGUACUACAACUGGAAUCUACGAACCGUUAGGAUCGUGAUGACAGAGUACAUAUCCAAGAUUUGUAAGAAAUUCCACGUCUCAGAAGCGGGCAAGCCGGUCCACUCGCCAAACUUCGAUGAGUCUGAACUCGCUAAAGAAGUUGAAGGAGCUAAAGUUAUUGAAGGUUUUCCCCUUCGAGAGGUCGUUGGCUCUCUGCAGUGGGCUGCAACCACUUGCAGGGUAGACAUUGUUGUCCCGGUUGCCACUGUCGCCAGAUACGUGGGCAAGCCGGCGACUCGGCCUGUCGUAAACGCCUGUAAGAAGAUUCUGAAGUAUCUAUUGACAACGAAGGAGCAGGGUCUGUCGUAUAGUCCGGAAAUUGAGGAAGAAUUCAACAGAAUCUACAGCAAGCUACUGCCCGACGGGAGAGACUUGCCUGAUGUGAAUCUGUUUUCGGAUGCUAGUUUUGCGAACUGUUGCAAGACCAUGCGAAGCACUAGUGGUAGCAUUAUGUACUUCCGCGGCUUCCCGAUCUGUUGGCGUAGCAACCGGCAGACCGUGAGGGCGUACUCCACGGCGGAGGCGGAGUAUAUAGCUGCUUCCGACACUAUUGUGCUGAGCGAGCAGAAUGACUUUACAGAGUUCUUCAAACCUCUACCCACUGUCAUGGUGGAAAAGCAGAAUGGCUUAUCUCCCUCCCUGGAUGAUGCCAUAUUGUGGAUCGACAACCAGUCCGCGAUAACUACAGCUAAGAGCACAGACAACAAACCGAAAUCGAGGCACUACGCACUGCGAUAUCUCCGCGUGAGAGACGCAGCGAGCCAGAUCAUGUUCUGCCCGACCUACCUAAUGAAGGCAGACGGUCUCACGAAGCUCGAGUGUAGUGUGCCGCAGAGACGCUUACUCUUGCACCAUAUUGAUAACCCCGACCCUAAGUCUUUUAUUUGUGACUCCUCUGACGAUGAGGAUGAUUUAGACACGUUUAUAGAGGGGAAUCACAAGGGCAAGGCUAAAGUAGGCUAUACUUAUUCGAUUUAUUUUGGUUUCUAGAGGGGAUAGCUAGUUCACCACAGCGCGCUCAGGAGGGGAGUGUGGUAGGACGCUAUCCAGAUUAGCACCACCGCCGCAGCGAUUGAGGAGGGGUGUUGGUCAUGGAAAUCGAUCCCGCACACACGUAACACGAUCGCCCCAAAUGACGCCUGUUCCCAAUGAAAUGACAGUUCUGAAUGACCUGAACUAGCUAGAUCCUUAGGGAAAUGGUCAGAAUCUAUCUAGAUCCUAAAGGAAACUCUUCACCAUGUUCCGCGAAUCCCCCAAAUACUACGAAGGCAAAGCCAUCAGGAUCGUAGUGAAAUGAAUGGACUCAGCUCGGUCCAGACGUUCAGAGUGGUCACCCUGGGGGACUUGACUCCCGCCAGGGUCGAGCACCAAUCUGAGCAGGUUGAGGAGUGGACUCCCAUGCUGUUUUGCCACUUGACUCUGAACCCGAUUGGUCCAUAUGAAUGUGAUGAAUUUGGAUGAAUUGAACCUACAGGAUGUAACGCAGCAAGAGACUUGCGUCACUUGCUUGCUUACUUGCAAUUGAGAGAAUUCAUUGAACUGCUGUUGAUAACGAGCUCAGUGGAGCAAACGCGUGUAAGUGUGUGCGAGUGUUCUCAAGUCCACUAACAACAAGUAUGCUAUGCCUGUUUUUUUCUCUGGGAUAAAACCUUGAGUAUGGUAGUGCGCAACUUGGUCGUCGUCCUUCCCCUCACUUGAAAGUGCGCUGGCUGGGCUUUAACACAAACGUGAAGCUAUCAUCUGAAGAUCAAUCCAGCUUUAUUUGCGAUGAGAAAUCCACUCUGCUGCACUGUAGUUCAGGAGAAGUUCUUGGGGUUUCCACAAACUUUUCAUGCAGUCAAGGGCAAAAGACGAAGACCAGCACCCAGAGAGGCCUCGUUUUUGGUCAUGCAGAUUGCUAAUAGCUAUCUGCAUGACCAGAAACGAGGGCGAGCGGGACGAGUUCGAGUUGUCCACUUGCAUAUCAAGCGAAAUCCGCUGGAGGCCUUAUAUUUGGCGCAGAACCAGCUGAAAACGCUGGAGGGAGUGGAAGUGCUGUCCAAGACCUUGAGCGUACGAAACAACAACUUUUUUAACAACACAAACUACUGGAGGUCUUCACAGUUCUGCUUCUGCUCCCAUUUCACAUUAUUUGAUCUCCAACAUAGCAGGUGUACUACGUCUAGUCUUUCCUUUCGAAUAGUGAUGAUCGGCGCUCAGUUCUUCGAAUAGUGAUGAUCGGCGCUCAGUUCUUCGUCUACCUAUCAUAUGAAGUAGACAUUGCUCCUGUCGAAUUGUGUCUUCUCACCAUGCGUGCAAAAUAAAUUUUUCUCCCUUUAUUCCACGAACUUUUCUCAGGUCUUAAACGUCCGCGGGAAUUUUUAUGGCGUUCUCAAACGUUACAUUCUCAACUGGCACAUGAAUUUGUUAUGCAAGACUACCUUAAGCCGCCAGAUGAUCAACAUGAACAUCAAGCUGCUUCGCAAGACAAAUCUCCGAGAGGCUAAACAGCAUCUAAAUCUGUACCAAAUCUGUGAUGCGAAUGCAGCAAGCUUGCCCCUUUAACUGUUGCCAUUCUUGCAUCGCAAAUUCAUGUAACAGUUGAGAGUGUAGCAGUUGAGAACGCCAUAACUUUCUUUCCAAAUUGGAGCCCCUGGUCGAGCUACAGCAGCUGCGGAAACUGUGCGUAACAGAAAACAAGAUCAAAUCGAGUAUCCGCGGGAAAUAUAAAUCGAAAUUUACCGACGUACACGAAGCGACACACACUGCAACAAGAAACAUAAACAUUCAUCAAAUGGCGACACUGCAUGAAGAAGAUCAUACUAGAUGUAGAUAGAAUUUUUGUCCCGUAUCCAUGAUCAGCAUGACAAGAUUAAAAUAUCUUCCUUCGUCGAGGCCGUUGCCGAAGUGCGAGAUUUGUCAUGCGUGCUAGGUGUGAUGGUAAAUUUGUAUUGCAUACCGAUUGA